AAAGGUUGAACAGUUGCUCCUCUGUGGCACGCCAUGAGCGGCGCUGAGGUACGUGAAGAGAGCCACGUGCUGCGUGACACGGCAGGACACGUGGCAGAGUACGUGUGCGUGGAGUAUCCUGGACACGUGGUCAACGUGGAUAAGAUGCUCGACACGCUCGGAGGCAUCGACACCGUGUCGCACAUGUACAGCGACGCCAACCGACGUCUGGAGCUGCGCUUCCGCCCCAGCGACUCCUACUGCAAGCCCGCCUGCUCGACGCGGUCCUGCGCUACCGGUCUACUCGUGCGCGUCACGCGGACCGUGAAAAAGAAGAAGAAGCAAAGGUCUGAAGCCUCCCACACGUCUCGACACGAAGGCCUCUCUGCGGCGGGUGGCACCGACGUCUCUGGUCCCGCCGGCUCUAAAACUUCUCCCGCCGGCGGGUCGACAGCGGACGAGCUCUGCGUUGUGGAGGAGUCCUACAAGUCCACGCUGCUGGGGGCCGUCCGCACUUCCUACUCCUUCAAUACGCUGUGUGAUUUCCAGUACCUGCCUCUCGUUCCGGUCCAAGAGAUCCAAUCCACAACUCCAGCAGGUGACGACGCAGCGUCUGGCGUCUCGGUAUCCAAAAUUACAAAAGUUGACGUUUCGCCUGACAAAUCUCUACAUGAGAUUCGUGGUACUGGCGCUCGCAAGAGUUCCAAGAGCAACACAACUGCUAAUAAAAAAUCUCCGGUGCCUAAAGAACUCGUGACCUCAGAGGUCAGCGAGUCCACUGCAUGUGAAGCGUCAUCACGCAGUCUUCCAGAAGCUAACAGUGACACGUCCUCAUGUCGCUCGUUGACUGUGGACUUGAACGCUGUCUCGAUUACAUCAAACUUGUCCCAAAAUGAAAAUGUUGAUGCCUCCGACUCUGGCGUUGCUCAGUCGACACUACAGAGCGGUGCGUCGGGAUCUGAUGCUGGAUCAGGGUAUGCUUAUCCUUAUGAUUGUUUCGUUCCGCAAGAUCUGGUGUCUCUGGAGUGGCUGCACGAGAAGCCUCAGUUCCUCUUCCUACCACCUCCUACCUUUACACGCAUGGACAACCCACAGGCUUUCUUCUUUCGUGGCGAUGAAUCUGAAGGCACCACGCGGCCUGCUAGUUUAAGUGGCGCUAAACCAAGCAGUUCUACAGCAUCUACAAGCUGUACCAAAACUACAGCCAGCUCUUCUGAUACUAUACAAGAGACUGCAGACGCUGAGACCCCAGCCGCUGACCCCUCGAACAGCAGCGGCGCUCCUGCAGGGUCUUUAAUUACAUCUGACGUCGGCAACGUCCAAGCCCAUAACGUGAUUUACCGCACACGACAGCGACGUACUUUGCCUGGUAUUUUUUGUGACUUUGAAACUCCAACGCCCACUGAACCUCUCCCUGAAGCUCUGAUGCAGUUUAAUACCAAGUUCCGACAGCGUUCAAUAUCUCCAGUCUUUGAAAAACUGAAGCAACUUUUUGAAGAAAGGCCGAUCUGGAGUCGAGCGGGCGUGAGGUGUGCUCUUGGCUAUAGCUCGGACAACAUCAAAUAUUUGCUGCCGUGUGUUGGCUAUUACUUCAUGGCGGGACCUUGGAGGAACCUCUGGGUAAAAUUCGGGUACGACCCUCGUCAGAAUCCUCAGAGUUUCUUGUUCCAAACAUUCAACUAUAGACUUAAACAAACCGGUCUCAUUAAAUCUUUUAUUGAAGCCAAGAGAAGCUAUUCUUCUUAUCUUCUUCCUUACAAGAGUAGUGCUGCCUCCAAGAAAAAAGUUCCAGUUAUUCAGUCCAAUUUUCUCAGUAACUCGAGCUCGAAUGCCAAGAAUAUCUGCAACAAUGUUAGUAACUCCGACUUUUUGAUGCCUUUAGAACCAGGCAGCAGAGAAUCUAGAGCCUCUUGCAGCGCUGAAGACAGUGGUCUAGCUGACGCUGUCCCGGAGGGAGACGACGAAGAUAUUUCUGUUGCUGACACCGAUGGGGCCGAGAGUUCGUUUGGCUACCUUGAGGAAGACCCUGAUGCAGACAACAGCGCGGGUGGUGGUGACGUGCUGCGUGAAGACUGCUACAAGUACAAACCGGGCUGGAUCCCGCCCUGCAGACAGAUGUUCUACCAGUACAUCGACGUGGUGGUGCCAGAGAUCCAGGAGGUGCUGGAGCGCAAUGUGCUGAAGACUAGCCAGCGUCUGCGCUGUGACGCGCGCUAUGGCUGGCUUAGUCGCGACGUAGAGGCAGAGUGUCGUGCCAUCAUGGGACGACUCAUAGACACUGCAGUGCGCCAGCGCACGGAGCAGGAGCGAUCACGGCGCCCGCAAUCAAGCAGCAGUGAUGUAUGAGUUGCUGCUCCAUCCUUCACUCAGCAAUACAUUUAUUAAAUACGCUCCGCCAAA